CCUCAGCGAGUGCGGACGCGUUUGGCGGACAAAGUCUAGGGGAAGCGCUGUAAACAAACCCAAGUAGAAGUGGUCUGCGAUUACAGCAGGCUCGCGAGUGUCCGGUCCGUGUGCCUGGCCAACUCCAUAUGUGCGUAGAUUAACUGGCCGUUGAGGAUCUCCAAAGCGAAAGCGGCAUGCCGGAAAUCAUCGAGCUGAACGUCGGCGGCGUGAGCUACACCACCACGCUGGCCACGCUGCUACAGGACAAGGGCACGCUGUUGGCCGAGCUCUUCGGCGAGGGGCGCGAGGCGCUGGCCAAGGACAGCAAGGGUCGCUACUUCCUAGACCGCGACGGUGUCCUCUUCCGCUACAUCCUGGACUUCCUGCGCGACAAGGCGCUGCACCUGCCGGAGGGAUUCCGCGAGCGCCAGCGGCUGCUCCGCGAGGCGGAGCACUUCAAGCUAACGGCCAUGCUGGAGAGCAUCCGCGGCGAGCGGGACGCCCGCCCGCCCGGCUGCAUCACGAUCGGCUACCGUGGCAGCUUCCAGUUCGGAAAGGACGGACUGGCCGAUGUCAAGUUCCGGAAACUGUCGCGCAUCCUGGUCUGCGGCCGCGUGGCCCAGUGCCGCGAGGUCUUCGGCGACACACUGAACGAGUCCCGGGAUCCGGACCACGGCGGCCCGGACCGCUACACCUCGCGCUUCUUCCUGAAGCACUGCUUUAUUGAGCAGGCCUUCGACAACCUGCACGACCACGGAUACCGCAUGGCCGGCAGCUGUGGAUCGGGCACCGCCGGAUCGGCCGCGGAGCCCAAGCCAGGCGUGGACACGGAGGAGAACCGCUGGAAUCACUACAACGAGUUCGUCUUCAUACGGGAUUAAGGCAGCACAGGAAGCACUCGAGACCACCCCACCCACCCACCACCACCACCUCCCAACCCAGCUCUGUAUCCCCAUGUUUCGUUCAGUGUUCCAAGUACUCUACGGGAUCCAGUCGGGAUCAGGAGGCCGCGCAGAAUACAACGGUUUGAGUUAUAAACCCACCUCUCGAUAUACAAAUGGGAACAUUUCAAAUGUACAAUCCACACCAAGGUCUAGAAAAUUGUUGACUUAGAUAACUUAAUGAGGGCAGAGCGCAUAAACAUCUGCUGAUUUGACUUCUCCCCCCUGCAUUUCCCCGCUGAUUGAACACUUUGCGUUGCGAGUUAAACUAUAAAUCCGGGGGGCAUCAAAUUGGAUAUUCCAGGCGGCUGUGCGCCGGGCUCUUUGAUGAAUGGAAGGCGAAUUCGGAUUUACUGGCUGACAAACAAGUGAAAACAAAUUGGCCAGAGCGGGUAACUAAAACAAAGCGAACAUUUUAUUAGCCCCAGUGCAGAGUAAACACGAGGAGUGGAUAACACUAAACAGAUCCGAGUCGAUGAAAUAUAUUCAAACGAAUUAAGCAACCUGCAAGGGGAGACCUCCGCCAAGACCAAGCUGGAUAAACGCUUAUUCUGUGGUCAAUCAAACACACUGAAAUCACACUGAACAAUUUGAAAUACGGGUUACUCUUUGAAAACAACUAAACUAACGAAAUACUGUAGCAACAGAUACCACAAGCAACCGAACUCAAGCUCUCCAGUAGAGGCAAGGCAGCGAUGCCACGUUUAAAGUUUUAUUAGUCUUAUAAAAGUCGAAACUUGAAGUAAAGAAUAUACAUACAUGUAGAAAAUAGGAAACGAAACGGCAGACAGCAUGUGGCCGGGAUAUAAGGGCCCGCAAUCCAUAAAACUCGAACACAAAUCGAUAUUAGAAAUACAUUUACCAUACAAACCGGAAAAACAACAGCGGCUGUCAAAGGAUAUGCCCUUUUGCCAUAACUCUCGAGUCUCUGACACGGCAAAAAUACAUUUACGGCCGCCACAUUUGGCAAUACAGUUUUUGAGAGCCAUAAAAUCUGGUCCUGAAACACUACUACAAGAUUUAAUAGGUACUAGUUCAGAGCAAAUCAUUUUCCCAGUGCUGUUUUCUUGGUCAAUCCAGCAAAGCAAUCAUCACCCAUAACUCAGUCUUCAUUUGACAAUGCAAAGUGCGAAAAGCUGGCGGAAAAACUACCUGAAUUCGAUUCCGAUUUAUCAGUGAGAGCUGUAAUGAGAAAUGCCAAAAACCAAAUGGUCACAAGGACUUCCAAAAACUCGACACAUACAAAACUAAAUUUGCUGAACUUUAGAGCCCCUCUGUUAUUAUUGAUUUUAUUCACAUUGGGAGCGUAUUCAUUGAAACGUUUUUCGCUGACAUAUCUGGCAUCGCAUUUUCAACAUUUCCGCAGGCUUGUUGUUGAAUCCGUGUCCGUGUCCGUGCCGUGUCCGCGAACACAAACACUUAUAUUGCAUAAAAGGGGCACUAGGACGAGGGAAAUCUGAAAUGAAAAUGCCGAGGCAAAGCACUCAUGAAAUAUACGAAAACACAUUGUAUAAAACUAUAAAUUCCUUAAAUCGUGUGUAAAGAGGCGAGUUGCAUAUGUAGUCAUCAACAAUAACGCGGUAAAGUGCAUGAAAAAACUAUUAAGCUCCAUUAUAUACUGACUCCGGUCUCUUACACAGAUAAUAUAUGAAUCGAUAUAUACAUAUAUCUUUAUAUACCUAAUUAAAUAUUAAAACAAUUGUCGAUAUUGAAAGUAUCUUAUAAAUGUUUAGUAUUAUAUGUAAUUGAAUCCGAACGGAGGCGGCAGUGGCGAAGGUAUUGUAUCAUUAAUUAAAUUAAACUGAAACUAAUUUAAAUUAACUAAACGAAAUGUAAAAUGUAUUUAGAGAAGCGCAAAGUAAACUGCUAAAAUAGCCUAUCAAAGUGCGACUAAGCAAACAUAUAUGUAUGCAUAGAGGUACAACUUGCGGAAAGCGAAACCCAGCAAUAAAUUAAAGA